AUGUCGUCCAUUAUUGAUCUGACGGCCAUCGUCACCCCAAGGUCGGGCCAGACGGCGCGAUUCUUGGAGCUGUUCCAGAAAUGCGCUGAGGCUGUUGCGCAAGAGCCUGGCACUCUCAUCUACGAGCUGCGAAAAGGCUUGCCGGACAAGAACGGCGGCAAGCAGCAGCUGGUGAUCCGGGAAGUCUAUGCCGACCCUGCUGGUCAGGAGGCUCACAUGCAGAGCGCAGCAGUCAAGUCCAUGAUCGCUGCGAUCGAGAGCGGCAAGCUCGUCGAGAACAUUGAUGUCAUAUUUACCGGAAGCCCCAUCGGAGCUCGCUCGAAGCUUUGA